CAUGCGCAAAAGCUGUUACGAGAGUCUUUCCUCUCGUAGUUGAUCCGCGAUUUCUCAUGACAUAGUUGUGAAAUAGAGGAGAUUCAUGUAGCAGUUAUUUUCCCGCAAUAUCUAGAAACAUUAUCAGAGAACAGGAUGUCGAGCAGCGCGUGCACCCAGUGUGGUUGUACCGACAUCGACAUUGAUCAGGCUCGGGGCGAUGCAGUCUGUACUAACUGUGGGUCUGUCCUGGAGGACCAGAUCAUUGUCUCCGAGGUGCAGUUCCAGGAAAACUCAGCAGGGGGUGCCUCAGUUAUAGGCCAGUAUGUGUCGCAGGAUGGAACCAAGUCUCAGGGUCUGGGAGGAUUUCAUCAUGGCUUUGCCAGGGAGUCUCGGACCAUGACACUUCAGAACGGUAAGAAAAAGAUCCAGCAGCUUGGUGCCCAGAUGAAGCUGAACCAACACUGCAUCGACACGGCCUUCAACUUCUUCAAGAUGGCCGUCACCAAGAGGCUUACUCGGGGACGCAAGACGAAUAAUGUCAUUGCAGCAUGUUUGUAUCUGGUGUGCAGAACAGAAGGAACACCUCAUAUGUUGCUGGACUUCAGUGAUUUGUUACAGACAAAUGUUUACUCCCUUGGUAGGACCUAUCUGGCCAUUUCCAAAGAAUUGUGCAUCAAUAUCCCAGCCAUAGAUCCCUGCCUGUACGUGAGCCGGUUUGCCCACAAGUUGGAGUUCGGGGACAAGACGCACGAGGUGUCCAUGACGGCCCUGAGGCUGGUGCAGAGGAUGAAGAGAGACUGGAUGCACACGGGGAGACGCCCGUCGGGCCUGUGUGGGGCAGCUAUCCUUGUGGCAGCAAGAAUGCACAAUUUUAGCCGCACAGUUCGAGAUUUGAUCAGAGUCGUCAAAGUUUGUGAAACCACAAUUAGGAAACGACUGACUGAAUUCUCGGACACAGCAUCGAGUCAGCUUACCAUUGACGAGUUCAUCAAGAUAGACCUGGAGGAGGAGCAUGACCCACCCUGCUACACGGAGAGCAAGCGCAAGGCCAAGCUGGCACACUUGGAAGAACACAACAAGUUCAGUGAUCUCACGGCGGAGGUGAGCAGCCUCCAGAAUGAAAUUGAGAAGUCUCUCGAGCCGAGAAAACCCAGAGGAAUAUUUGCAUCAUACUCAAAAAUGGGAGACAAAUGUGAAGAGAAUGACGACGUAGUAGCCGCCAGUAACUACCUCGCGGAGGAGGCGGUGAAAGACGCAACAAUCGACCUACUGGAUGUUGGAGAGGCUGGUGACGUGAAGGACAAGACCUCGGUGUCACAAGGACGUCGGCUGGACGGGGAGGAGGGACCGGAGGUGGCCAAGGUAGAGUCUGACAAGUUGCAGAGUCUCACACGCCGAGAAGCGCUGACAGCGAAAGGGUUAACGCCAUCGGCUGCCAGUCUGGGCAUCAAGGAGGUGGUGGAGGAAUGUAUGAAGGAGGACGAUGACUCAGAGUCUGUAGUUAUAGAUAUGGGAGGGGAAUUGGACUUAGAAGGCAUCAAUGAUGAAGAACUGGACUGGAUGAUUCUGACUGAGGAGGAGGUGCGGGUGAAGACGAUGGUGUGGAUGAAGGCCAAUGAAGACUACCUGAAGGAGCAGAAAGAGAAGGCGGAAAGGAAGAAGCGGGAGGAAGAGGAGGAGGCGCUGAAACCAGAGAAGAAGAAAAAGCGUACCUACAAGAAACGUCCACAACAAACAGGGGAAGCCUCCAGUGCCAGAGAGGCCUUGGCUAAGAUGUUAUUAGAAAAGAAACUGUCAAACAAGAUUAACUACGAUGUUCUGAAUGAUCUCAACUGUAAGGCCAUGAAGACCGAGUCCUCGACGAAGCUAGGCCCGGAGGUGGAGCCCCCUCCCCCCACUGAUGUUGCCACCCCCGAGGUGAAGGUUUCCAAGUCAAUACUCAAUAGAUUUAAGAGAUCAAGUGUUAACUUUGAUGUGAAACGUGAAGCUCAAGAGGACCCAGACACAAAGCGGGUGAAGUUCUCCGAGGACACGGAUGUCAAGCCAGAGGUUGUCAUAGAGAGUGGACCCAUACAGUACGAGGCGAAAGAUUCUGCUGGGGUGUACAAUGUUGAUGGAGAGGAGGAAGGGGAUUAUGAGGAAGACGACUUCGGGGAUGAGGAAAAUGUCAGUGCAGCCCAACUCCUCGGACAUGAUGCAGAUCGAGGCUAUGAGGAAGAACAAGAUGAAUACUAUUUGGAUGAUGACUGACACAAAGAGUGCGGUUCUUUUCUUCUUUCUGUGAUACGAACAAAAUGUUGUCAGGUCAACAGUUUCCGACCUGAACAAGCAGCUGGUCAAGAGAGAACCUAUCCCAAGUGCUAUGCCCUGCUUAGAGGGGGACCGCCAUUGGGCAUCCAUCACUGGACUUCCAUGUUUGCCACAUUCACUUCCGAUUGUGGAUGUUGUCGUUGAUGUCACCGCUACUUGCAUCCAGUCAUGGACAUCGACAUCAGGGAUCAAGGCAGCUGUUGUAAUCUACCAUGACUGUCAACCUAGUCUGAUGUUAGGGAUGUGCAAUGUGCUACUCACACAGGGUGUCAGGUUACAGAACUACCUCACGUUCCAGGCUCUGACUGAUGCCAGCAAAUAACCUGCAGUUUGAUUGGCCAUACCACAACUUCCAUGACCCUUUGAAUUCCAUACCACCACAUACUAUAUCACUACCCUGUCAAUUCCAUACCACCACAUACCAUGUCACUACCCUGUCAAUUCCAUACCACCACAUACCAUGUCACUACCCUGUCAAUACCAUACCACCACAUACCAUGUCACUACUCUGUCAAUUCCAUGUCACUACUCUGUCAUUAUCAUACCAUGUCACUAUUCUGUCAAUACCAUACCACCACAUACCAUGUCACUACUCUGUCAAUUCCAUGUCACUACUCUGUCAUUAUCAUACCAUGUCACUAUUCUGUCAAUACCAUACCACCACAUACCAUGUCACUACUCAAUUCCAUACUACCAUAUCAUACCACACCACCAUUAGAUCACUACCCUGAUCAUACCAUGCCAUGCCUCUGUUAACCCCCCACCACUGCACUGCAGUAUGGAUGAGCCCGCUGUUGACACCAACCAGGUCAUGGCCUUGUUUCCUACAGAACAAUGACCACUAAAACAGCUGUGAACAGAGAUGGCAUCAAUUUGUACUGCCAUGACCUCCUCCCACUGCUUCCAUGAACCAGACGGCCUUGUGAGCUUCGUCAGCUGACAUAGGUCAAGUUAAGUGACAAAUCUACCGUAUUUCAUCUUUUAGAUGUACAGGCAUCUAUUUCAUUUCUGUAAGCCGUUGACCUUGGGUAUGUCAGAGCCCAACGUCUAUUGUGUUUAAUGUUGGCACAAUGGUAGCACUUUACCUUACCAAAUCCCACAUUCUACAGUUAAACAAAGGCUACUUUUGCAGGAUAGGGUUAUACUAAUUAUAUUAAUCACCAAGAUAUCACAGUAUUAAAGACCUGGUGUCUAAUAGAGGCCCGGGUUCUAUUUUUGGACAAACCAAAUGACCUGGAAUCAAUUUCAGUCUGGCAUUGUAUUGAAGACAUUGUCUAAUAGAGGAAGUACGGUAUUUUAUGAAUAAACUAAUCGUCUCGUCUCCUGUACUCCUGUCUGGUGGACAAAUGACAGCAGUUGAUCAUGACCCAUAAUUGUAAAAUUGAGAUCUGAAUUGUCUGUCAUCUAAUUGUAGAUUGUCCAAAAAUUGAGAGGACAGGAUUUGAUGGAGGUUUGGUAUAUAAAGAUGAGGACUUUAUAAAUGAUGUCAUGAUGUAGAAUAGCAACACCCUCCCUGUGGGGCCAGUGAGUUUUUUGUGGUAAUGGUCCUUUUAGGUGUUAGGAUAUUCGUUUAUUUGAAAACAUUGUGUUUAUUACCUCGCUGUUUGAAGACAUUGGGCAUUUUAUGGAAGGAUGUUAUGUGUGUAAAGAAAAAUAGAUUCAUCAGAAUAGACUGUAAUAAGAAUUCUAAAGGUGAUGUAGCACAAGAGCUACCAUGUGUCCAAGAAAGAACACUCGGAGACCAUCGCCCUGCUGUCCAUGCAUAAGGACCCUCCUCAAAAUACCAACAUGGCUGAAGUAUGCAGGAUAUGUGAGACGUUCAUGGGCAUGACGAAGUAAUUAAGAUGGACUACCAAAUAAACAGUAAUAGUCCAUUUCAUGCUUCAGAGUCAGGCAUGCUUAGCUCUUGUCGCCUCUAGCCCUACCAGCCUGCACACUGGCGAUAUAUACUCACUACCAAAAGAAACACAAACCAUAGAAACAUAGAGAGAAGUAUGGACGUUAAGAUGAUAUGUUUCCAGUAUGUACCACUUAAUGCAAAACUAACAAUCAGUCAAGUGUUUCCACAGAGUGUCUUUAUUCUUAUCACAAUAUGCUGCAUGUAAUUCCCAAACUUUACAUGCUAAUCCUGCAUGAGACAAAUGGAGCAUCUCUAAUCAUGGAUCUAUGACGUAACAUGCGAUGCGUUUAUAAGCGUUGGUUCACACAACAUACCAGUAUGUUCGUUUGUGCAUCGAACCAAUCUAAUGUCUCUUGAAUAUGAGUACUUCUUAAUUUUUUAACCAAAAUGUAUGGUAUUCGCGUUUCUUUUGGUAAUGACUAUAUGUACACACUGCGGUACUGGUUGGUGUGGUAGCCUAGUGCCACAUCAAGACCUGGGUUUGAUUCUCCACAUGGUAUGGCCAAUGUUUAAAGUUUAUUAAGCUCAUGGGCAGUCAUGAUAUAAUGGGACAAUUGCUACAGGCAGCAUAAAAGCUCACUCACCCAUUGCAGCAGUUUAUCAAUAUACCCAAGUGAUGACACAGUCACUUUAGUGAUGACUUGCUUCAUAGGGACAUGAAAUGAUAACGUAAUUGUAAUUGAAAACAAAAUACUUAAAGAAUGAACUUGGAGGAUCAUGAAAUCUUUCAUAAUAGAGAACAAAUGGCUGUUUCAUGAAUUAACAACUUUUGAUUUCAGUGCCACAGUAUCUAUUGGUUUUGUUUUAGACACCACAAUGAUAUUAUUGUAUACACAUUGCUGAUUUUGGCUCACUGAAGUUGUGAAAAUGAUUAAAUAAAUAUGAAUAAGA